AUGGGAUCUCAACCGACAGAUUACACGAAUAACAAAACUUCAAUUGAUGAUAACAAUAUGGUAUCAACACCAGCAGCACAACCACCAGAUGAAUCAAGAACCUCCGACGAGGAAUUGAAAAAUAAAUCAAAAGAUGAAAACGUAAUAGAGCCAGUAGUCUCUUUUACUAAAGAGAACAUUGGGUCUUCAAACGUGAUAACCAGUUUCACCUCAGCGACAGGAAAUACUGUUGAAAUAACUGGUGAUGUGGACGAAGCUAUGAUGGUGGCGUUGGAUAAUAAUGAUCUCGUUCUUGAUAAAGCUACAGACAGAAGAAUUUUGAGAAAAAUUGACUUAUAUUUACUUCCACUUAUAUGCUUUCUAUACGCUUGUCAAUUUAUGGAUAAAACGACUAAUUCUUAUGCCGCUGUCAUGGGAUUGAAGGAGGAUUUCAAUAUGGUAGGCGAUAUGUAUUCAUGGUGUGGAACUGCUUUCUACCUUGGGUAUUUGGCAUUUGAAUUUCCAGCAAAUGCAAUUCUACAAAGGUUCCCGCUUGCGAAAGCAACCUCUAUUUUUAUUAUAAUAUGGGGUGUGAUUUUGUGUUUACAUGCAACCCCUAGUACCUAUGCUGGAUUCAUCACUUUGAGAACUUUAUUGGGUAUAUUUGAGUCUUCAGUGACACCUGCAAUGGUGAUAUUUACCGGUCAAUGGUAUAAAGCUGAGGAGCAUUUUUUGCGUACUGCUCUUUGGUUCUCCUGUAACGGUAUUGGGAUAAUUAUGGGCGGUGCGAUUGCAUAUGGCGUUGCAUCUCAUGAUGAGCACUAUUCCAUAACGGCAUGGAAAGUAUUAUUCAUAGUAACUGGUCUCAUGACCAUCGUUGUCGGCAUCCUAUUUUUAAUUCAUGUGCCUGAUAUUCCUUCCAAAGCAUGGUUUUUAAGCAAAGAGGAAAAAGUGCUAGUUGCCGAAAGAAUAAGGAGCAAUCAGCAAGGAUUUGGUAACAAGCACUUCAAAAAGUAUCAAUUUAUGGAGGCGAUGCGCGAUGUCAAUACAUGGCUAUAUUUUCUUUUUGGAAUUGCGUCUAACAUACCAAAUGGUGCAUUGACGAACUUUGGUAGCAUCCUUUUGAAUUCAGAUUUCGGUUUUGACGCCAAGAAGUCUUUGAUAAUGAAUAUGCCAUGUGGAGCUGUAGAAUUUGCCGGAUGCGUAUUAUUUGCAGCCUCCAACAAAUUCGUUCCUCAUCGUAUGGCUAUAUCGUUUACAGCCAUGGUGAUAUCUUUGGCAGCAUCGUGUAUGCUAGCAUUCGCAGACCAGUCUAAAAGCGCAAGACUCGCCGGAUACUAUUUAAUGUAUGUCUAUCCUGUCACUACUAUCUGUGCCUUAUCAUGCUUUGCAUCCAAUACUGCUGGUCACACCAAAAAGAUCACAACUAAUGCCGUAUUUCUAAUUGGCUACUGUGUGGGUAAUAUUGUUGGUCCUCAGACCUUCAUAGCUUCCCAAGCCCCAUCAUAUACUGGUGGCAAGAUAAGUUUUGUGGUUUGCGACUGCAUAACAUUGUUACUUAUUGCAGCUAUUUAUUUCAGUUACUGGCUCUCUAAUAAGAAGAAAGAUAUAUACCUUAGUGAAAUGAAAGAAGAUGCCCUUGAGAACCUUGAAAACUUCGAGUUUGCUGAUAUGACAGAUAGGGAAAACCCUCACUUCAGAUAUCGUCUCUGA